CCCGGGCUUCGGGCAACCGGGUCUAGGAACAGGAACAUUUCCUCUGAUUCCUUAGUUACACAGCCCGCAUUAGGAUCGAUAGUCUCAUGCCAUGGCCACGCCGAUCUCUGCAUCCGAUCAGACAGCCACCACCGUCAAGCCCCAGCGCGUACUGGCCUGCGUGCUGUGUCAGCAACGCAAGAUCAGGUGUGAUCGCACAUUCCCUUGUGCCAACUGCGUGCGUGCCAAUGUACAAUGCGAGCAAGCGAUCCGCCAGCGACGGCGGAGAUUUCCUGAGAGAGAGCUGUUGGCCCGCCUGCGACUCUAUGAGAGUCUCCUCCGACAGCACAACAUCAAGUUCGAUCCCCUCCACACGCCUACCGCUGACCAUCGGUCGCCUAGUGACGAUGGCCCAGAUGAACUGCCAGAGGAAGCCGAGUCAGAAGGGACUCUUGCUGACACGAAUCCUCGUCCAUCAAGGGAGAAGACGGCAGUCAAGACUAAAUCAUUAAAUCUGUGGCAUGCAAUGAGUCAAAAGCCUGUAGAUCCCGCAGACGACGAUGGAAACGACGGUGAGGACGACGAAAACGACACUGGAUUCCUGCACGACAACGACGAUGUCCGACACGCCGUGAUCAAGAAGGCGUGGAACCACAUGUUUCAAGGUCAAAACAACGACCACCUCUUGUUCGGUUCCCCAGUAGGCCAUGUCGACCUUUCUGCUUCGCAUCCAAGCCAAGUGCAUAUCUUCCGGCUCUGGCAGAUCUACUUGGACAAUAUCAAUCCCCUGCUCAAAGUUACACACACCCCUACUCUUCAAACACGAAUCAUCGACGCGGCCAGCGAUAUCGCCAACAUUAAUCCCACAUUGGAAGCGCUGAUGUUCAGUAUCUACUGCGUUUCCAUUUUGAGUCUCACGGAUGAGCAAUGCAGCACCUUGUUCGGAACCCAUAAGAAGGACCUUUUGACGGGCUAUCAGUUUGCGUGCCAGCAGGCGCUGCGAAGUUGCUGUAUUCUACGCUCCAGCGACCGUGAGUGCCUGACCGCGUUGUAUCUGUAUCUAGUUUCCAUCCGUCCUGAAACAGACCCGGCUUCCCUGUCCUCACUGCUGAGCGUCGCGAUCCGAAUCGCCCAGCGCAUCGGCAUCCACAACGAGUCCAUGUACGGCAAGUGCUCGGCCCUGGAAGCGGAAAUGCGCCGCAGACUGUGGUGGUCGCUCAUCAUCUUCGACAACCGCAUCUGCGAAAUGUCGGACUACAAGACGGCGUCGCUAGCUCCUACCUGGGACUGCAAAGUGCCCCUCAACGUGAACGAUUUCGAGUUACAGCCCGAAAUAAGGAGCCCGCCGGCAACAAACAACCGACCCACGGAGAUGCUGUUUGCAGUCGUGCGCAGCGAACUCGCCGACUUCGUGCGCCACAGCGCCUUCCACCUCAACUUCACCAACCCAACCCUAAACACGAUCACGCCACAUCCCACCACCCCCGAUGAAGCCGAGAGCCUUAUCGCCCUCGAACGAGUCAUGGAGGAGAAAUACCUCUCCUUCUGCAACCCCGAGAACCCCCUUCAUUUUAUGACAAUCUGGACGAUGAGGGGAUACCUAGCUAAAAACCGCCUCCUGCAGCACUACUCCCGCUUCUCGACCGCAGCCGUGUCGCAGACCGACGCCCAACGCAACGUGGGGAUCUCGCACGCGCUACGCAUGCUCGAAUGCGACACGAAGCUGAUGACCUCGCCGCUCACAAAGGGCUACCUGUGGCUCGUGCACUUCCACUUCCCGUUCCCAGCGUACAUCCACCUGCUGCAGGAUUUGAAGAAGCGGCCCGUCGAGGACCACGCGGAUAAAGCGUGGGAGGUUAUGAGCAAUAACUAUGAGGUUCGCAUGAUGGACGCUAAGCAGGAUGAUCGGCCCUUCUUUAUCGUAUUUUCGCGUAUCGUCUUGCAGGCCUGGGAAGCCCGCGAGAAGGUAGCCAGACAGCUGGAGACGCCGCUCGUGCCGCCCCGGAUCGUCGCGGAUAUCAGGAAUAAAGUGAUGCAGAUGACGACGAGCUUCGGACAGGAUCCUGAAGCGGUGCUGCCGGGUGGUUCUUUGGGUGCUAAUAUGGAUGAUCUCUCGAUGCCUGUGCAGAUGGAUUUCACGGCGCCUGGUAUUGCGUACGGUGCCGGUGGACAGGGCGCGACUGGGUUGGAGCCGUGGGCGUACCCUGAUAUAGCUGGGUCGGGAUCUUUGGAUGUGGAUGUGAAUCAGUUCCUGCUGAAUACUAUGGAGUGGAAUGCGCUGCACGCUCGGGGAAGGUGAUCGACUUUCAGCAGACGAGUGAUGAUCCUUAUCAACCUAGAUGAUUAAGACUACUUAUGAUCAGUCAUGAAGAUUAAUGAGUUACGCACUUAAGAAGCCC